GAACGGCAGCUGAUCUUCAGAUUAGAAAUCCUUAUGGAAACACCAGAACCACACCAGCAGAACCCUGUUCAGAAACCAGAGUAUGUUACAUACCCGGGUAAGUUUAAGGGUAAGUUAGUUCAUAUUCUCCACUUUCUCCUUCUCAGGUAGAGUAGUUAAGACGGGUCAUGGUUGGGUCUUCCAACGUUCAGUAACUGAGAUAAAAAGUGUCCCUCCUUCUUUCCACUGCUGAGCUUUUUUCAUGCUGGUUGGAGGUUUGUCGUCAUGCUGGUGUCGUUUUUUUUUUUUUUUUCAAACACACAUAGGGGUUACAACACAAUAAAAGGUUGUGAGAUCAGCAGGAAGACCAAUCACUGACACUCAGUUCAACCAGCAAGCAGCUCGAAGAAUCAACCAUGACACAGAUGAAGAUGAAAGCCUCUGUCGCCGUGGUGACCUUCUUCAUACUCUUCUCAUCCGUCCUGACAUCUGAGCCUGGUUUCGAGGCACAAGCAUGCUGCUCAAGUUUCUACCCGAAAAAGAUACCUGCUCAUGUGGUGCGGAGCUUCAGAUACACAGACAUGCUGUGUCCUCAUAGAGGUGUUAUUAUUAAGAUGACGAAUAACAAAGACAUCUGUGUUGACCCGUCCUCAGAGUGGGUGAAGAAACUCAUGAAUGUCCUCCAGUAAAGCACCGCUCCACUUUGACCCAGAAUUCAUAGUUACUGGAUUUAUAAACCUUUAAAGAUAUCAGAGAAGACACAGCUAGAACAUAUUAAGGCUGCUUUAUGUUUACAGCUAAAGAAAACGCUCAUCAAAUGUUACCUGUAUUGCAAAAUAUAUUCUGCUGCUUUGAGACAGUUUAUCAUGAAUCUUCUAAAGGUGUACACAAAAAGUGUGAUUAUUUUCCUUGUUUUGUAUUAUUGGGAAGUUUUUUGUUAAAUUUUUACUUUCAAUAAACCAAAUAUCAAAACUGC